UCAACUUUAUUUUGGAGGUAUGAGCAAUUUCAAAAAUUGAAAUUAUUUACCGACGAAAUUAUUAGAGAGUGACUCGUCGAAUUAUAUUUGGAUAUCGUAUACGCAUGAUGAGUGGGAGGAUAUUUCCUUUUUGUGUUUUUUUUUAUUUCUAGGCCAUCAUAUCCGAUGAACUUGUUAUCCCAGACGCAUCAAACUGGUGGAUAUGUCUGAUUGCUGGACCCAGAGGAGAGGAUAAAUAGGAGCUGGUGUCUGAAUACCAGUAACAAAGCUCCGAGAAAGGCAUCAGUGAUCUAGUCCUACUUCAAAUCUGCUACAGAGACAGAAAGACGAAUAUUUGAACACCAAAGAAGAUAUUGACUGACAACAAAACUGAAUCAUGAUGAAGCUGAACAUUACCGUCAUCGUAGCUGUGACCCUCCUGAUCGUGGCAUCCACAGUCGGCGCCGCCCCAGGAGGAAAGCAUGGACCAGGAGGCCACGGCCAUGACCAUGAUCACGGGCCGGGGCCGGGACACGACCACGGACCGGGGCAUGACCACGGACCAGGACCAGGGCAUGACCACGGACCAGGACCGGGACACGACCACGGGCCGGGGCAUGAUCAUGGACCACGGGGGCACGAUCAUGGGACUGAUCACGGUCAUGCAACCGAUGCCAAUGAGAUGGCUUCCCUUGAGCCAGGAAGGUGCACUAAGAUUGUCAGUGCUACCAUCACAGUGAUGCAAUCGUACCAGACUCAGAAAAGAAUAUCAACCAAGACAAGAUGUGGAUGGCUUCAUCUAGCAUACUGCAGAAAAUACAGGAUGACUCCUCACGUGGCGUACAGGCAGGCGACAAAAAUUGUUUACGUCAAUGCUCGUAAAUGUUGUGUCGGCUUCAUGGAGGUGAACGGUGUUUGUGAACCCCAAGGAGGACGGACCUUACCCCCACCGACCACCACUAUCACCGCCCCACCAGCCCCCACCACGCCCAGAGACGACAGGAUGCCCGAUGACGAGAUGAAGAUGAUUGAUAACUCCCUGCAGAAGUUCGUCUUCUUCAUCAUCGUCCUCGUCGCUAUCCUCAUCAUCGGUAUCAUCAUCGGAGCCGUGAUCGUGCACCUGUGCGGAGGACGAAAGGAGGUCAUGAGGAGAAUAUCAACGAGGAGAUUCACCAGAAAGACGAAGAAGGAGACAUUCAAAGAUGGAAACGGUAAAACAAGCACCGAGACAUCAAAGAAUGACCUACCGCCUCGCUACGAGAGCUGUAACAAACCAACCACAUCAGAUUCUAAGGUCGGAGUAGCCUACCAUCCCAAUGGUCAUGACCACGCCCAUGGCCACGCCCACGUUCACACCCAUGGCCACAACCAUGGCCAUGCCAAAGACCACGCCCAUGGUCACAACCAUGGUCAUACCCACGACCACGUCUAUGGCCACGCCCAUAAUGCAUCCCAACCCACCGCACCACCAUACGGUCUGGAGUAUGCUAACGUCGAUUCGGACAUCGGCCAAGCAAAGAGCUGUGAAAGCCAAGCCGGGUACGUGGAGGUGUAUGAGUCUGAUCCUCUACCUACCAAGACUGGGCAUCACUGA